GGGAGGGGCUUUGCUGACAGACAAUUUGGUUUGAUCGGAACAGAGUAGUUUUAGACAAUAACAGAUUUUUUAAAGAAUUGGUUUUUUUUUUUGGAUAAAGAAAAUAUUGAAUUUCUAAUUCGUCGGCUGUUUUUUCUCUGUGACUUUCUUUGUUUCUUUCUCUAACCUCUGGCACCCGAGCUGGUGGAGGUGGCGCUGGAGCUUGGUGUUGCCAACUUUGAUUGUUUGUAGGAACAGAAUCUGGCGGUGGUUAAUUUUGAAGGUUGUUUAUUUUGAGGAUUUCAAGCCGCUAAGGAAUAAAUCUUCGCCAUUUCCGAUUUUUUUUUUCUUUUCUUGCUCUUUUCCAUGGAACAAUUACGUUGAGAAGAGAAGCCCAAGGAAAGAACAAAAAGAUAUAAAAGAGAAAAAAAAAAAAAAAAGAACACUGGGUUUGGUUGUUCUUGGAUUCCUUCAAAGAGGGAAGCUAAUGGGAAAGAUGGAAAUUAUUACAAAGGAAUCCCCUCUAGGUGCCAAUGACGUUUUUCCUGCGCCACCUCCAUUACCAGGUCCAGCUGCAAAUUGUCGGCCGAAGGGGUUAUUUAUGCUGAAAAAUGGAUCGACAACAAGAGGAAACAGCUGUGUCUCCACAGCCACGAGGGAUUUGUGGGAUAGCCUCUUUGAUGGAGGCUAUAGGGCAGAUGUUACCAUUAAAACCGAUAAUGGUGGCAUCAUCUAUGCACAUGCUAAUGUUCUUGGCAUGGCUUCUCCUGUUAUUAGAGGCAUUUUGAAACAAGCAAAAGGCUUCGGUCAAAAGAAAUCAAUUUCAAUCAAUGGUGUUCCGCAUGAUGCAGUUCGGGUUUUCAUCCGGUUCUUGUACUCUUCCUGUUAUGAGAAAGAAGAUAUGAAGGAAUUUGCACUGCCCUUGUUGGUGCUGUCACACGCAUAUGUUGUUCCUCAGUUGAAGCGAAUUUGUGAACAGCAACUAGAGCAUGUUUUGCUUACUCUAGAAAAUGUAGUUGAUGUCUUCCAGCUUUCAUUACUGUGUGAUGCACCUCGGCUCACGCUGAUUAGCCAUCGUAUGAUCUUAAGGAACUUCAAGGCUGUUUCUUCAACUGAAGGAUGGAAGGCAAUGAAGAAGAGCCAUCCAGCACUCAAAAAAGAACUUCUGGAAUCCAUGAUUGAUGAAGAAAAUAUGCAAAAGGAGAAAAUCAGAAAAAUGAAUGAGCGGAAGAUCUAUCUUCAAUUAUGUGAAGCAAUGGAGGCUCUUGUUCACAUAUGCAGAGACGGUUGCAGGACAAUUGGUCCACAUGAUAAGGAUUUCAAAGGGGACCAGACACCUUGCAGAUAUCGAGCCUGCAAAGGGUUAGAAUUGCUUAUUCGUCAUUUUGCUGGUUGCAAGUUAAGAGUCCCUGGCCGCUGCAUUCAUUGCAAAAGGAUGUGGCAGCUACUGGAGUUACACUCCCGUCUCUGUGCUGAUUCAAGUUCGUGCAGAGUUCCUUUAUGCAGGAAUUUCAAGGAGAAGAUGAGGAAACAAAGCAAGAAGGAUGAGGUCAAGUGGAAAAUGCUAGUGGAAAAGCUAUUGAGAACAAAGAGAAUUAAUGGAGGUCCACCAUUCUUGUCCUCAAAUUCCAUUAACAACCAACAGAAUUCAGGAUAUUGCCAAAUUGCUGAAAACGUUGGUGAAAAAAAAAUUACAUGAUAUGAUUUGAAUGAAAAAAACAUAUAAACUACCAAGAAAUAAUUAUUUCAUAAUUAGUUUUAAUCAACUGAUUUGGAAGUUGUUGUCAGGUUGUUUUGACGAAAAAUAUAAUGAUAUCACACUCAUCAAUAUCUAAUGAUGUUUGGAGGAUCCA